UAAAAACAACAGAAUUUAAACAUUGGUAAAGUUGUAUCAUCCUUAAAAAAAUUAAAAUAUCUCGUUAUAUAGUUUCAUUCUAUUGGAUUAAAUAACCAGAAACAAUGCCAGAAAAAAUGGAAACCGACAACACAAUCAUUCCCACUUAUGAAGGUGGAAGAAUUGUUAAGAUGGAAGUUGAUUACAGCAGCGCUUGUGAUGAAACAAUUCCCAAAUGCAAGGAAAUGGCUAAAAUUGAAGGAAAAUUCAAUGAAGCUCUUGAUCAGUUGAUGUCUUUAGAGAAGCAAGCUCGAAUUGGAUCUGAUAUGGUUUCCAGUUCUCGUGUACUUGUUGCAAUUGUUCAAAUAAUCUUUGCAGCAAGGAAAUGGAAUUUACUGAACGAAUACAUCGCCAUUCUGGUUAAAAAACGUUCACAAUCAAAACAAGCGAUUGUUAAGAUGGUUCAGGAAUGCGCUACUUACGUCGAUCAAACUCCAGACAAAGAAACGAAGAUAAAAUUCAUUGAAGCUCUUCGAACAGUCAGUGAAGGAAAGAUUUAUGUGGAAAAUGAACGCGCACGUCUUACAAAAAUCUUAUCAGACAUCAAAGAACAAGAUGGAGACGUUCUUGGUGCCGCUACAAUCAUGGAAGCUUUACAGAUUGAAACUUAUGGAACAAUGGAUAAACGAGAAAAAGUUGAGUUUAUUCUCGAGCAGAUGCGUUUGUGUCUUGCUAAGCAAGAUCUCGUUCGAACUCAAAUUAUUUCGAAGAAAAUCAGCACGAAGUUCUUUCAAGAUCCAGUACAUCAAGACUUAAAACUCAAGUAUUAUGAUUUGAUGAUCAUGAUGGACAAAGACGAAUCUUAUUUGAAAACUUCUCGCUAUUAUUUAGCUGUCGUCGAUACUGAAACUGUUGCAAAUGAUGCUGACAAACGAAAGGAAAUGCUUGUUAAUGCAGUUCUUUAUUGUCUUCUUGCACCACACGACAACGAACAAGUUGACAUGAUGAAUAAUUUACAUAAAAAUAAGCUCCUUGAGGAGAUUCCUAUUUACAGAACGUUCGUGUUAUUGCGAGUUACUACACACAAAUCACUUUGGUUCGUAUGGCUGAGCUUUUGGAUCUCGACGAAUUAAAAACCGAGGAAUAUAUCGCAAAGUUAGUAACAAAUGGAUCAUUAAAAGUUAAGAUUGAUCGUCCAUCUGGCAUCAUAAACUUCAUUCAAAAGAGAAAUCAAUCAGAAGUACUCAACGAUUGGGCUGCGGAACUCAACAAGCUCAUGAAUUGCGUUAACAAAGCCACACAUUUGAUGCAUAAAGAAGAAUGUCUCAAUAAACUGAUGACUUAAAUUCUUUCUUGCUAAUAAUUUAAAUUUAUUUUGAAUGAAACAUUAAAACUUCCUUUAAUAAAAUUCAUUUUACAAAACAGUAAAUUCUAUUAAUUUUUAUUAAUCGC